GCUUUCCAGCUGUAAUCAGACUCGUCCCCGUCAGAGAUGAGCCCAAUGAGGGUGAUGUCGUCCGAAAACUUCAGGAGACAGAUGGAUGACUGGAGGUGCAGCUGUUGGUGUACAGGGAGAAGAGCAGAGGGGAAAGGACGCAGCCCUGGGGAGAUCCGGUGCUGAUGGACCGGGAGUCAAAGAUGUGUGUUCCCAGCUUAACACACUGCUUCCUUUCAGACUGGAAGUCUACAGUAGAACUCGUUCAGGUCAUUGGCCAGGCGAGAGUCAUUGAUGGAGAGGGGGGCUUGUAGUUGGUAAUCUACCUAAGCCCUCUCCAGACAGAAGCAGAGUCAUUAGCAGAGAACUGGUGUCUUAUUCUCUACAGUACAGUCGUUUAGCCUCUCUCACCGCCUUGCUAAACCUGUUCUCCGACUCCUUGAAUCUGUCUCAAUCCCCAUUCCUAAACGCAGAAGAGCACAUAAUUGGACACUGUGUUCUCACCUGUAGGAGUAUACAGCACUGCUGUCAUCGUUUUGGUGACUUUGGGCAUUUAAGCAAAGUUUUCCAACCAUGGGGGCACCAUGGGGAGAGGGGUUCUAACAUUCUGUUUACACACAAGCUGUGAUCCGUGACGUCAUCGCCUGUUAUUCCUACAGAAACUUCCUCCAUUCCUGAGAAUAUCAUAGACUACUUACCUGGAUAACACGUCUCUGCUAUUCACUCCAUAAUUAUCACAAAUGUCUGUGGAGGAGCCGUCAUCAGUAAGUUACCCGGCCAGCGACCAGACAGGAAAAAUAGACCAAAUGGACGACUUUCCCAAUCUGAUGAAGGAUGUCACUGGCACAGAGCAAAGGGUGGAUGAAGAGAGACCAGUGUCACCGAGCCCCAGUUAUCUGUCAUUGAAGAGUGAACGAUCUAUGACUAGACCCAUACAUUUCAGAGAAGAUGACAAAACUGAAGAAAAAGAGGUUACACUUGCGAGAUCUGGAUCACCAACCACCAGUAUUGUAUCAAUGCAGAGUGACCUUUCCAUGGAUAAUCCUUUUACCUUCAAAGAUGAAGGCUCAACAGAAACGAUGCCAGGAUGGAGAACGAGCCAGCCCUGCCUGACAGCCUGGUGCUGGAUGAGCCAGCCCUGCCUGACAGCCUGGUGCUGGAGAUCUUCCUGCAUCUCCCCCACAGCGCUGUGCUGAGCGCCGGCCUGGCCUGCAGACAGUGGCUGAACGUGUCCAGAGACGAGUUCCUCUGGAGGGAACUCUUCUACAGCUACUACCGCAUCCCUCGCUCUGUACCCAGACACCCAGCGUCCGUGUCGUGGUACCGGGAGUUCAAGCGUCUGUUUGACUGCAUCCCCUGUGAGGAGGUGCAGACCCUGAGGGAACACCAUGACCAGGUGCUGCACCUGGCCUUCUCUCACAGAGGACACCGCUUCUCCUCCUGCUCCAAGGACUGCACCGUCAAGCUGUGGGAUACGGAGCGUCCUGAUGGGAACAUCACGCUGGUCCACAGCUGCAGCAUGCGCCAGUUUAACUGGGGCUACACCCAGUUCUCCCAGUUCAACGCUGACGACACCCUGCUGCUAGUGUCGGGGGUCUACCUGGGCCCGCACCACUCCUCCUCAGGGGAGAUCGCCGUUCUCAGCCUGGACAACUACACGCUUCUGUCUCGCGUGAGGAACAAGCCGUACGACGUGUUUGGCUGCUGGCUCAACGAGACCCACCUGAUCUCAGGGAACCUGCACUGGAUAGGAAACAUGACCUCCUGCUCGGUGCUCUGGCUCAACAAGGCCUUCCAGGAUAUCGAGUCGGAGAACGUGAACGUGGUGAAGCGUCUGUUUAAGAUCCAGAACGUCAACGCCAGCACCAUCAGAACCGUCAUGGUGGCUCACUGCCGUCGCCAUGACACCCCGGAUCUCCUCCUGGACUACGAUGCCCAGUCCCAGGCCCGCUCCGCCCCCCUGCUGUUUGACCUGGGCACCCCCGACAGUGAGGAGGAGGAGGAGGAGGAGGGGGGGGGGCGUCCCAGGGAGGUGAAGGGGCGACAGGCGUACCCAUCGGCCCCAGGGCUGGAGCAUGUCAUCCAGGGCGUGGCUGCCAGGGAGUUGGAGCUGGAGGCCAAGGUGGUCCGGAUGAUGAGUCGUGCUCGCACCAAGCCCGUGGACCCCUCCCUCAUCACCCCCUCUGCCCCUGGGGAGGGAGAGGACAAGACCUACCUGCUGUUCACCACCGGCAGCCUCACCUACUCUCCUCACCAGAUAGGCAUCAAGCGGAUCCUGCCAGACCAGAUGAGCACGAGUGGUCCUGUUCUGGGGGAGGAACGCAACUCGGACGAGUUCUUCGACUCUCUGGACCACGUGAUCGACAUCCACGGACACAUCAUCGGCAUGGGCCUGUCUCCAGACCACAGGUACCUGUACGUGAACAGCCGGGCGUGGCCAGCAGGCUGUGUGAUCUCCGACCCCAUGGCCCCGCCCCCCAUCGCCGAGGAGAUCGACCUGCACGUCAUCGACCUGAAGAGCCUGCGUGAGGAGAGGCGGAGCCUGCGGGCGCACCGGGCCUUCACGCCCAACGACGAGUGCUUCUUCAUCUUCCUGGACGUCAGCAGAGACUUCGUGGCCAGUGGCGCGGAGGACAAACAUGGCUACAUCUGGGACCGCCACUACAACAUCUGCCUGGCGCGCCUGCAGCACGAUGACGUGGUGAACUCUGUGGCCUUCAGCCCGGCCGACCAGGAGCUGCUGCUGUCUGCCAGCGAUGACUCCACCAUCAAGGUGUGGCGCUCCCCUCGCAUGGUGCGCCUGGCACAGACCCCCGCACACCCCCCGAGGCCCCGGAACCUGCUCUCCUGGCUGGGCCGCCAUGGCAGCAGCCAGGCCAACGGGAAGCCUGGACCCAGUUAGACCAGACUGAGAGGGGGAGGAGAGAGAGAGGGGGCCUGGACCCAGUUAGACCAGACUGAGAGGGGAGCCUGGACCCAGUUAGACCAGACUGAGAAGGGGGCCUGGACCCAGUUAGACCAGACUGAGAAGGGGGCCUGGACCCAGUUAGACCAGACUGAGAGGGGGGCCUGGACCCAGUUAGACCAGACUGAGAAGGGGGCCUGGACCCAGUUAGACCAGACUGAGAGGGGAGCCUGGACCCAGUUAGACCAGACUGAGAAGGGGGCCUGGACCCAGUUAGACCAGACUGAGAAGGGGGCCUGGACCCAGUUAGACCAGACUGAGAGGGGGGCCUGGACCCAGUUAGACCAGACUGAGAAGGGGGCCUGGACCCAGUUAGACCAGACUGAGAGGGGGGCCUGGACCCAGUUAGACCAGACUGAGAGGGGGGCCUGGACCCAGUUAGACCAGACUGAGAAGGGGGCCUGGACCCAGUUAGACCAGACUGAGAAGGGGGCCUGGACCCAGUUAGACCAGACUGAGAAGGGGGCCUGGACCCAGUUAGACUAGACUGAGAGGGGGGCCUGGACCCAGUUAGACCAGACUGAGGGGGCAGGAGAGAGAGAGGGAGGGAGGGAAAGAGGAAAUGGAGAGGAGGAAGGGAGGGAGAGAGGAAGAGUGAGGGAGGAGGGAUAGAGAAGAUGGAAAAGGGAGGUAGGUGGGUUAGAUAAGAUAGAGAGGAGGGAGAGGGAAAGAGAAAGAGUUGCUUCUGUCAUUCUGUCAAUGGGAAUACCUGGACCAAGUUAAAUGGUGCAGGUUGGAGCGUGGAGGAAGGGGGCGGGGGGGGAUUCAGACAGGGACAGAGAGACAGACAGAGGGAGAGACAGACAGAGGGAGACAGGGACAGGUGCUUCUCUCACGUGGGUGACACACUCCAGGAGUGAUGGUGUUGUGGUCACCAAGUGCCCAGUUUCAGCUACAACUCUUAUGACUGUGGGUGACUCAGCAUCAGGGAGGACAUGAGAUGUAAUUACCCUGUUAGAGACACACGGGGGCGCUGUUGCUACACAGUCCUGCUGUUCUCCAGACUGGCUGAAGAGGGCAGAGAGCUGUCUAGGUCUGACACGUGUUCAUACACAGUGUGUACCAUGAACUGACUAGGAUGCCCUGGACCCAAGAAGAAGACAUAAUGAUACGUAAUGUGUUCAUUUCAAGGACAGUUAAAGAGCCGUGUACAGUAACAUAUAUCACCUUAUUUCUUGUGUGUUUUUGUUUUAAGGCUUUCAAACCACACAUGCACGUAAGCACCAGUGUUUACAGUGAGUCUUAUUUGAUGUUGUUUUUAUAUGUUAGAAUGUGUUUGUGGGUCGGUGAGGUCAUGAUGGGAGAGGUCAGACUGGUCUCUCAGAGAACAUCGAUCCUUUUCACUUUGUUUCACAUCACAGCGUUCUGUCUGGGAGAGACAGAUUAAACUGCCAUGUUUGUCUGAUUCAUAUUAAACUGGUUUGUCUUAAAUACCCAGAACUAUGUUCGGUUUUAAGUGGUUUCAUUGCCCUUCGUCUGAAUAUUCCUAAAGUGAAACUAAUAAAUGUAUGAACUGUGCUGCAGUUUGCCCGUUAUUGUUGUUGUCAAGGUUACAUUAACAUUAUGUAGGACUGUGACUUCCUGCAAGUUAGUGUACAAAGACAAUCUUUCCAUUGUUACAUCACAAACAAGCUGAUAGUCCAGAAAACUGGUAACCUUGGUGCUUUUGAGGAACCGCACGGGAAAACAAUGAUUUGCAAACGAUGUGUUUAAUUCCAUGUGUUGCAUCAGUUUCUCACAUAAAUCGUACAUAUUCUCAUGAUAAGGCUUUGGUUACGUAUCCACGAAGGACAAUCAUUGUGUCAACAAGUCUUAAAGGUCCUGUAAAGUAAAUUCCGUGUUUUGCUUCAUUAAAGUACAUUAUAAACAUG